AUGGUUUUACCAAGGUCCACGGCCUUCCCGGCCUCGUUUACCGCACAGUUCGCACGGGCACCACGAGCUCUCCGCAGCGCCGGACCGCAGCCAUGGAAGCGCUUUGCCCAACGCACAGUCCGGAGAGGUUAUGCCAGCGCAGGCGAGACGAUGAAGAAAGCCGGUAGCGAUCUGCCAUGGCUCAUCGGCGCCAUAGCCGUCACCGUCCCCACCUGCGCAUACCUCCUGCAGCCCAGCUCCGACUCGCAAGGCCACCACGGCGCCGACGCCCACAAGACCCGGGACGAGCCCGGCAAACAGGACAUAUCCGAGUUGAACCCGGACGUGGACGAGGACGAGGGCAAGAGCAAGAUCGCCCCGUCUGACCAAACUGGUGAGGGUCUAGGCGGAGACGAUGCCGACAGGGGCGUGGACGACUCCGACAAGGGCGAGGGCAAGGACGACUCCGCCCAGGGCAAGGAUGACUCCGACCAAGGCAAAGACGACUCCGAUAAGGGUGGAGACGACUCCGCCAAGGACGAAGGUGGCUCCGACGAUGGCGAUAGCGGCAACACUACCGGCAAGCCCUCCGGCUACGCCUCCAAGGGUAAACUCGAGAAGCCGCAGAACAAGACGCAGAACCCAGACGAGGCUCCUACGCAGGAUGAGGAACACAUGACCGAGACGCCCGACAACAAGGGCGAGCCCUCCGGCGUGCGGUUCAAGGGCCGCAGCACCCAAGGCGACGAGGAGGGCAGGGUCGAGGACGUCCGCAAGCACGUCCCGGACGCCAAGGGCGGCGCCAAGAAGCGCGUCGAGAGCACGUACGGCAACAAGCUGGGCGCGGCGUCGCCAGUGAGGGAGGACAGGGAGGACGACGGCAAGGCCAAGGAUAAGGCUGUGGCCUCCAAGGAGCCGCUCGACCACAACCACACCUCCGGAAAACAGGCCGGCCUCUCAAACACCGACACCAAGCAUUCAGUGGACAUCUCGGCGGACCCGGACAAGUCGAAGAAGGGCGAGGGUGCGCCGGAGACGGCGAAGUUGCAGGGUCCUGUUGAUCCGAGACGGCCGCAGGCGGAAAAUAAAGAUGACAGGGACGACUCCGAAAAGGCAUGA